AUGGAGAGGGUGUUAGAUGACAUGCAGUGGAAGACGGCACUCGUGAGCAUUGAUGACGUCAUCAUCUUCGGGAGCACCUUCGAGGAGAAGCUGGAGCGACUGGAGGAGGUUCUGCAGUGGCUGAGGAAAGCCAACCUCAAGCUCAGCCCCAAGAAUUGCUCUCUCUUUCAGCAUGAGGACUUCGCCAGCGUGGCAGCUCCUCUCCAUCGCCUCACCAGAAAAGGGGCGUGCUUUGUGUGGGACGAAGCGUGCCAGGCCGCGUUUGACGGCCUGAAGAAGGCCCUGGUGGAGGCACCGGUCCUGCCGUACCCAGACCCGAAGCUCCCCUAUCUGCUAGACACCGACGCUAGUGCAGAAGGCAUCUGGGCGGUCCUGUCACAGGUGAAGGAUGGGACGGAGCACGUUGUGGCCUACUACAGUGCCACGUUCAGUUGGCCUGAGCGUAGCUACUGCGUGACGAGGAAGGAACUGGUAGCGGUAGUGAAGAGUCUCGAGCACUUCCACCCUUACCUAUACGGCGCUGAGUUCACCAUCCGGACCGACCACGCUGCCCUGCAGUGGUUGAAGAUGCUGAAGGUGCCGGAGGGUCGGCUUGCGAGGUGCUGGCAAGCGUCGCAGAGGGGGACGACAAGUGGCGUAAGGCACAGCGUGGCUGUGGCUGUGGCGCCAGAGAGCCCCACCAAAUGCCUGGUUGAUCAGUGGGCAACUUUACAGGUGGACGAACGAGGCGUUACCAGUGGUCACUUGGGAGAGAAAAAGACCCUGUGUCGUCUCCGUCAGCGCUUCUACUGGGUGGGAAUGCGAAGUGACGUGAUCGAGUGGUGUAGAGCGUGUGACGUGUGUAGUGGAAAGAAGGGCCCCACCAGGAAAAACCGCGCCCCGUUACAGGUGUACAGCGUGGGGGCGCCCAUGGAGCGAGUGGCUGUGGACAUUGCCGGCCUGCUGCCUCUCACGCCACGGGGCAACUGGUACAUCUGUGUGGUGAUGGAUUAUUUCACCAAGUGGCCCGAGGCAUAUGCACUCCCUAACCACGAGGCCGAGACAGUGGCGGGUGUUCUAGUGAACGAGUUCUUUACCCGUUUCGGCGUGCCCGCGGAAUUGCACUCUGAUCAAGGCCGUAAGUUUGAGUCCCAAAUGUUCCGUGAAUGUUGCGAGCUGUUAGGAACACGCAAGAUCCAGACGACGCCCCUUCACCCACAGUCUGAUGGGAUGGUGGAGCGAUUUAAUCGGACCCUUGCGCAACAGCUGGCCAAGUAUUGCGAGGAAGACCAAGGGGACUGGGACGUCAAACUGCCCGCUAUGCUGAUGGCGUACAGGUCCGCUGUGCAUGAGGUGACGGGCUUCACACCAGCCCAUCUCAUGUUUGGCCCGGCACUGCAGGAACACCUGGUGGAGGUGCAUCGACGGGCUCGAGGCAAGCUCAAGGUGGCGGGCCUGGCCAUGAAGGAGACGUAUGACCGCCGCAUGAGGAACCGAGAGCUCUCGCCGAAGCUCCAGAGCCCCUGGAAGGGGCCAUACACGGUGGAAGCAGUCCUCUCUGACGUCACGAAUCUGAUUCGCCGGGGACGGAAGCGACCGUCUGUUGUCCACGAUCUGUGGCGUUACCACGGUCCGGGCCGCUACUCCUGGGGCCAUGGCGGGGAAGACGAGGACGUAAGCCCCAGCAGCAGCGACGAAGACGUGGCAGGGGCUGCCUGA